AUGAAAGCUUCAAGUUCAAACUUCACCACCAAGGCAAACAGCAAUGAGAGUAAGUGGAAGAAAAAGAAGGUAGACAGGCUAAGCAGGUUACCGGACGAAAUCAUCCACCGUGUGCUUUCCUUUGUGGACGCAGUUUCAGCUGUUCAGACGAGCGUUUUGAGUAAGCGAUGGAAGAAGCUUUGGACUUCCCUCCCCGUCCUCAACUUCAACUCUUCCUCCUUCCACCACCCUCUCCUCUUCCACUCUUUCAUCCACCACUUCAUGUCCCACAGAGACUCUUCCACCAACCUCUACGCCCUCAACUUCUCCUGCAACGAUGAACUCGACGAUGGCCAUAUGGUUGAUUCCAUCAUUGACCAUCUCACCCUCUCACCCACCAUUCAGCUUCUCACCAUCUCCGCUGAAUGCCCCGUGGCCAACCUUCCUCAACUCUCUUUGUGUCAAUCCCUCACCACCCUCAAGCUCGCCGACAUAUCCACCGAGGCCACAACGUUUGACUUUGUUUCUCUUCAACGAUUCUACCUUUUUGAUUGUUGGUUCGAGUGUGGGGCAGAGAAGACACUUGAUCUUUUCAGGGGUUGUGUUAAUCUCAGAUGA